AUGCAGGGCUACCAGGCUUAUCAGACAUCCAGAGUCGCAUCGCCGAUCUGCCGCGCCCAUGUUGAUGGCAGGCGGAACGCGGAGGUCACCUUCCGGCGGCGGCCGCUGUGGCGCUUGGCGCAGCUUUUGGGGCUGCAGCCCCUGGUGAAGCACCUUGCACGGCAGGUCCGGCCCUGGCGCCGUCGCACUGCCCCGUGGCGCCGAACGACGCGCCGGAAGCUGCGACGAGCCUGGCAGGAGUGGGGUCCUGGGCGGGCGUCGCGGCGGCUGGAGGGGACGUUUCUGCCAGCGCAGGCCAGCCCCACAGACGCCUCCCUGAUCUUCGCCUUGGUGGCCAAAGGCAGCCCCAGCGACGAUCGCAUGGCUCUGGGCCCUUGGACCUCGCGCAUCUCUUGGCGGUAUCGGCGGGAUACACUCGCGCGCUGCAUUACAGGAGCUCUUUGGCGAGCUCCUGGGGUGCCAUACUCGGACAGGGCGGUGGUGAUCCUUUUCAGCGGCGAUUGGAGCUGUUGGCUGCUGCAUGCGGAUGGCACGGUUGCCAGCGUCGGCGAGCCGGACGAGACAUGGCUGCUCACCCAGGUUUGGAGAUCCGCCGAGUCCAAUCCCAGUGCCACCCAGCGGCUGCUGCCUCCUCGCCAGGACGACCACCUAGAGGCGGCCGCUUUCAGGCUCCUGCGAUUGCUGGGGCCCUCUGAGGACAGCUCUCUGGUCAUCUUGGAUGAGCGGCACCCUCCGCUGCCGCUGGUGGAGAAAACGUCGAACGCCAGGGGCCGCGCGCUGUGUUUGCUGGGCUGCCCCGCGGGGCUCACAGACCUCCAGGAGCUCGCAUUCGCGCGGGCGGCGCGGGCCGCGCGCUGGCAGGUGCGACGGUUCCGACUGGGCGAUCGCCCGGAGUUCGCCUCCAAAGUAGUGGCGCGGUUACAGGUGUGGCAGAACUGUCAGCGGCUGAUGCCGGCCAUCGGAGGUGCAAGCUCGGAUGCUGUGUGGCCCACUCAGCAGCACAUCGAGCAUGGCGAGGCGCCAUUGCACUUCCUUCUGCCAGUGCCCGUGGCUCGGUCGAUGUUGCUCCGUGGCCGCAAGACGCAACCCUUCGCCGCCCGCGCGGCGCUGGCGACCGCUGCGCGCUGCGCCGUGGCGGCGCUGUGCCACUCCAAGGGUGGCUGGCGCGGAUGCUACAUCACGCUGGGCUUUCGGUGCGGCGCCAUGCUCACCUUGUCUGGUGCGUUGGCAGAUGCCUUCGUCCGCAAGGGGGUGGCCAUGAGUGAGUUCCGGCUGCUGCAGGCGCUGAAGAAGGCGAUCCGCAAGGCCAAAGAUGCGCCGGGCAUCAAAGUUCAUGCCCCAGGCGAAGCCUUGCCCUAUCAACGCCCAUUGCAUUUGCAGCUGCUGGAGGGCGGAAAGGAUGAGCUGCGCCCGAUCCAGCUGGGCCUGGAGGCUGCGGACGCCCUGGUCAUCUCCCUGGGCGCCUUCGCUUGCGCUCAAAGCGGCGGUCGCAAGAUGCGCUGGGCGCCGCGAGGAGACAUCCACGUGGUGGAGGCCAUCGCCAUGUUGCAGUGCCGGUCCAUUCCUGUGCUCGGCGCGGUCUUUGGCGCUGCUUGA